AUCUCUCCGGGCACUCACACUCCCCGCAUUCCAUGACCGCCCGGAGAGAGAUGACGGCCAGCAGCCCCUGCCGCCGCGCCCGCUCGCCGGCGGAGGCCCCGCUGGACGAUGAGGACCUGCUCGCCGAGAUCCUCCUCCGCCUCUCCCCGCGGCCGUCCUCCCUCCCGCGCGCCUUCCUCGUCUGCACCCGCUGGCGCGGCCUCGUCUCCGACCCGCGCUUCCUCCGCCGAUUCCGCCUCCGCCACGGCCGCCGCAGCCCUCCCCUCCUCGGCUUCAUCGUCAGAGAGCGCAACACGGUCCGCCUCAGGCCCGUCGGGGACCCCCCUGACCGCGUCCCCGCGGAGCGCUUCUCGUCGCUGCUGCUCGGCGGCGCCGAGUGGGCCUUCAGGCUCCUCGACUGCCGCCACGGCCUCGUGCUCAUCUCCGACACCUCGCGGAACAUGGUCCUGGUCUGGGACCCCGCCACCGGCGGCCAGCACUGGGUGGCCGUUCAGGGAGAAAACCCCCAUCAGCUGGGCGGUGCUUCGCGCCGCCGGAGAAAUCCACCACUUCCAGCUGGUCCUUGUAGGCAACAACGAGAGGAAAAUUACGCGGGCGCUCGCCUGCGUUUACUCGUCGGAGACCGGCGAAUGGGGUGAUUUUGUCUCGGCAGCGCUGCCAAAACCGAGGUUUCCACCAAUGGUUACCCCGCCAUGCUUGUUAGGGAAAACCUGCUGUGAUGGUUGGGGGUUCACUUUAUUGGUUGCUCACUGAGAACUUAAGCAUCCUUGAAUUUGAUCUGGAGAAGCAGCGCCUCGCUGUGAUAUCGGUGCCGGUGAAAAAGUACAGCCACUGCCGCUUCUCGAUUAUGCGGGCGGCGGGUGGUGGCCUUGGUUUCCUGUUUUUGCCAGACUACGACGCCCAAUUAUGGAAGAGGCACACUGAUUGUGAUGGUGUCGCUUCAUGGGUGCUUGAAAGAACUAUUGAACUGCACAAGCUACUUUCCAUGAAUUCAGAGGAGGGGAGAGGGCCCCUGAUGAUCGCAGGGUUUGCUGAGUACAAUAAUGUGGUCUUUUUGUGGACAGUCGUCGACCUCUUCAUGGUGGAGCUUCAGUCACUGAAGUUCAAGAAACUUUUCGAAGCCGACGUCUUGUCUUGCCGUCAUCCAUUCGAAAGUGUCUAUGUUGCAGAAAGAGGCACUGUUGGUGGACACAAUGGAGCUGAACUUUUGCGUAAUGAAUAAAGAUGGUUCUUCUGUUAGAUAUUGGUUGAGCAGGUAUCCAGAAGGUUGUUGUCUUUGUGAGAAGAAAGCAUGGGCUUGUUUAUCAUGGGUCCUCUAAGUAGCAUGCAAUGGUAUCGGAGCUAAUCAUUUCUUUUGCUGAUAUCCCUUUAUUAUCUAAUAUCUGGAGGCAAUUAGCCAACUGGCAUGAAAACAAGAGGAUUAAAUAGUACUUAUGUCGUGGUUGAUUAUCCCUUUACUUUAUGCUCUCCAAUCUAGCAUGUCCAAAUGACUGUUGCUUUCA